UCCGAGGAACGCCACGCUUCCAAGUCCAAACCACCUCUUUCUCUUCACCUUCUCCAAUCAAGUAAUGCAAAACUAAGCUAUUGGACUGGAUCACCCAUCCCUCCUUCCUCCUUCUCGACCAGAAAACCAUAAAAAAGCAUGAAACCUGGGAUUCCAUUCUAAAGAUUCAAUUCUGAUCAUCAUUCUCUGCAAAACUCAAAACUCAGUCUUCAUUCUUUGAUCGGAAGGACAUCAACAAUGAGAACAGAGCCGAGAAAAAUAUCCAAGUCUUCUUGGACGAAAUUAUUGGAGAGAAAGUGGCUGAAUCGAAGAAAUGGAGCUCCCAAGUUUCGCCCAGAUUUCUCUGCGUUAGGAACCAAGAGCGAGAGAAGGAAAAGCUGCUCAGACCAAGAUUGCUACGACGUCGUCAGGAACGGUUUCUCUUUCUCAGAGAGAUUGCUGGUGGGAUCUCCCUACGGACCGAGACCUUCCACGUAUAAGGAGGCAACAGCUGUCGAGGAUACUCUUAACCUCAAGGUGUUCGUGGGGACAUGGAACCUCGGAGGGAAGUCACCGAACGACAACCUCAGCUUAACGGAAUGGCUCAAGUCUCCUUCACCAGCAGACAUCUUCGUUAUUGGGUUCCAAGAAAUCGUGCCUCUGAAUGCAGGGAACGUGCUUGGCCCAGAGGACAGUGGCCCCGCGGCCAAAUGGCUUUCCCUGAUUCGUCAAGCCUUGGACACUGAGAGGUUUGACCAAGACCUCCAUCACGAGAAUUCUCGCCCUCAUUCUCGGAAUUGCAACGACAAGGGCGCCGAUCAACUAGGAAGAACGAAGCCGAGGUUCAGUUUCUCGGACUUUCUUUCUUCAGAGGACGAGCUGGGCGCUGAAGAAUUUGCUGAAUUGUCUCGUGACAAAUCAAAUGCCAGUUGUGGCGGUGAAACUGAAAACUCUCCUUCGCCUUCUACGAGUGGCAGACAUUGUAGCAGUAGCCCACAUCUUAAACGACGCUAUUGCCUAGCAGCAAGCAAACAAAUGGUCGGUAUCUUCCUGUGCGUGUGGGUUCGUUCCGACCUCUACGGACACCUUUCCAAUUUGAAGGUGUCCUGCGUCGGUAGGGGCAUCAUGGGCUAUCUUGGGAAUAAGGGCUCUAUAUCAAUUAGCAUGACAUUGUACCACACAUCCUUCUGUUUCGUAUGCACCCACUUAACUUCGGGAGAGAGAGACGGCGAUGAGGUGCGAAGAAACUUCGAUGUCUCCGAAAUUUUGAAGAGAACUAAAUUUUCCCACCCUUCGAAUUAUAGGGAUCUUCGACUCCCUCCUGAGACCAUCUUGCAACACGACAAUAUUGUUUGGCUUGGGGAUUUGAAUUAUCGGUUAGCUUCUGGUUAUGACUAUACAUGUGAGCUAUUGGAGAAGAGCGAUUGGCUGGCACUUUUAGAGAAGGAUCAGCUAAGGAUAGAGCAGAGAGCUGGUCGUGUAUUUGAAGGGUGGAAUGAAGGAACGAUAUCUUUCGCUCCUACUUACAAAUACCUGGCCAAUUCAGAUCGCUAUGUCGUCCAUACUUCCAAAUCCAAGGAAAAACGUCGCACUCCUGCUUGGUGCGAUAGAAUCCUAUGGAAAGGAGAAGGCCUGAAGCAGAUGUGGUACGUGCGAGGAGAGUCAAAAUUCUCAGACCACAGGCCAGUGUAUUCACUCUUCUCAGUUAAAGUGGACUUAACGAGCAAGAAGAUAAUUCCCUGUGCUGCUUCAGCCUUGUCAUCGACUUGCCCAGCCAAGGUUCAAGUAGAGGAACAGCUCAUGUUGCUAACACGGGCAAAUAGUUGAAUAGGUGUGCGGAGGAGCCCUGGUUCUGACUUGAUUGAUGACACCUGACAAGGUUAUAUAUAACACUAAGCUUGGCAAGGCCAAGGGUUUCAGCGAUGGGCAUGGGUGUGUUCCUCAGUUUUACUUGGAACAUGCGAGCCUCGGCGUGACAACUUUGUAGCAUCCCACCAAUGAAAAUUUUCACAAGUGAGUAAUAGCAACAUUUUGUACAUAGUCUAGAGAUUUGAGGUGACAAUGAUUAGAAGGUGUUGGGAGCAGCGAAGGAGUAACUCAGAAGCAAGACAGGAAGACAGGACAGUGAAGAAUCGGAGAAAGAGGCGCCUGCUUCUGCGGGCAUUUCUUGUCAUGCGUGUUCUUUUUUUUUUAUAAAUAUUUUCUUUUCUUAAAUAAUAUUGGGUAUGGAUAUUAUAUAGUAUUAUGCAAAAGCUUGGCUGUUGUAAAAGCUGAUUAGAUUUUAGGAUUUAGCUCAGCUUUUGCUUCGAGGAAUGAUGAUUUCCAUUCUUUCUGAUUCAAGGCUGAAAGAAAUAGGCAAGGGUAUAUAAAAACUGAUGACAUAUUGAGGCAUUUUGUCUGGUUUGUGUCUUUGUGAUCAUCAUUCAAAUUUCAACGCACGAAAUUUUUCUUCUGUGACGAA